AUGAAGGCAAUGACUGCUUUCAUUUUUCAACGAGAAAAACCUUCAAAAUCACAUCAUUACACAAAAUCUGCUUCUCCAAGUACUACAGGCAUUAUUUUAAAUAAACAACAACAACAACAUAAAUGUCAUCAGAAGGAGAAGAAAACAACACAAAAAACUUCACUUAUUUCAAAACAAAUGCAACAAAUACAUCCAAGUCCAUUAUCCAAAAAUAUUAGACGUGCACGUAUAAUUAGACGUAAAACAACUACAGUUUAUUGUGAUACACUUAAACGACUUAAAGAUGAGGAUGCUGUUUUAAUAAAUCAAAUUUUGAUUAUUCGACUUAGGCCAAGAAGUGAAGCGACUGAAUUUGAAUGUUCCUGUGUAAAUAAUUCAAAUAUUGAUUCAAUUCCUUCUGUGGAUUUUGCAUAUCCUCCAAUGGGUUCAAAUGCUUCUAAUUUUCCUCCUCAACUAUUUUACCCUGAUUUUAUGAAGGGCACAGUUCAAAGAAGGGAGGAAAGAGAAACUUAUCAAGUUGUGCUUACAAAUGACAAAGCAGAACGUACAUUUGCUUUUUGCUUUAAAUUCCCUACAUUACCUCAACAUAGUUCAAUAAUUUCAACAGAUAGUGGCAUCAGUACAUUGGACAAUAGAAUAUUUACAGGUCUUUCCGUUCUUGUUCUAAUUUCUCCAUAUCCCAAUGAAGGCUAUUUUAGUGAAUUAGCUGCUGAUUUGGUAUUAGCCUUCCAAAGAGAUAAUGCUAGAUUAUUGUCAAUGUGCAGAGAUUUGCUUCAAUUAAGACUUACAACUUCAGAAUCUUUUGAUGCAAAAGCAAAAUAUAUUGUUAGAGAUGAAUAUGGACGCCAGCAAUGGACUCGUUCACAUAUGAGUACUAUUCUCAAAAAAAUUGGCAUGGAAAAUGCUCUUUUUAUUUUUUUGAAUAUGUUGGCAGAAAGGAGAAUUAUUAUCACAGGAUCCAAUGUCACUGAUGUUUCACAAGCUGUACAUGCAUUAGUUCGUCUUUUGGCUCCACUUGAAUGGCCUCAUGGACUUAUUCCUAUUUUACCUGAUUCUCAAAUUGAAUAUUGCCAAAAUCCAACCCCUUAUAUUUAUGGAUUAUUAAGAUACAACCUUAGCCGAAUCUCUGAAUUAAUUGUUCCACAAAAUGAUUCAUCUUUCUCACCAGAUGACAAUACAUUAAAUGAUGAUAUUAUAUUAUUUGAUGUAGAAAUGGGAAUAAUUGUUCCUCCAAUCUCUAGACCAAAAAACAAACAAAAAAUUGGAUUAAAAGCUUUGUUAGAACAAACAGAAUUAAUAGGAUUUCCACGUGCAGCUGUUUGUGAACUUCUUGGAGCAUUAAAAUCUUGUAUUCCAAUUAAGGAUGCAGAAAAGGCUGAUUAUAGAAUUGAAAAGAAAAUUAUGAUUUUUUAUGCAAAAUUAUUUGGUCAUUAUCGCUCUUUUGGACAAGAUAUUUUAACUGCUAGAAAUCGAAAAUUAUUUGCUAGAGCACAUCCGUGUUCAGAAACUCGUCUAUUUUUGAAUUGGUUUAUUGAAAAUGGAAUUUUACAAUAUUUUAUUUCAAUACAAGAGGUUUGUUUUUUUUAUAAAAAAAUUUUUUGUGAGGAGUUUUGAGUUUCCUAAGGUUUUGAGAAUUUUCAAAAUUUUUGAGAUGAUUUUUGACGGGGAAAAAUUUUCUGAAUUAGUUUUUAAGGGUUGUCCUCUCUCUACACGGCCCGGCCGC